AUGUCUGACAAGGGCAAUGCGAGCAUGCUGGAGGAAGCUGAUGCCUCGUCCGGCGCCAUGCACGAAUAUGCGGAUGCUCCGCGCCGUAGCUAUCUCUUUGGUCACCAGGGCUCCGUGUUGAUGCGCACCAUUAGUGUGGCUGGAUCGAUUGGAUUCCUCUUAUUUGGGUAUGACCAAGGAGUCCUUGGUGGUAUCAACACGUCGUCCGAUUUCUUGCGUCAGUUUGGCAGUCCCUCGUCGAGUCUUUUGGGAACCAUCAAUGCCAUCUAUGAGAUUGGCUGCUUCGGCGGCGCUGUUACGGUUUUCAUCUUCGGAGAUAUGCUCGGCCGGCGGAAGUGUCUCUAUGUUGGUGCUGCAUUGAUGACCAUAGGCGCCAUCCUGCAAGCAUCUUCGUUCGGUGUUGCUCAGAUGAUCGUGGGGAGAAUUGUUUGCGGUUGGGGAAACGGGUUUAACACCGCAACGACGCCACUAUGGGUCAGCGAGCUCAGUCCGGCCAAGACUCGAGGCCGCCUCGUCGCGAUGGAGGGUAGUCUUAUUGCGCUCGGAAUUGUGAUCGCGUCCUAUUACAACAUCGGCAUGGCCUACACGACCGGUCCGGUGGUUUGGCGUGCUCCUAUCGCGUCGCAGAUCAUCUUCAUCAUUCUCCAAGUUGCCUUCGUGCUUGUCUUGCCCGAGUCUCCCCGGUGGCUGACCAAGCACGGACGUCAUCGCGAGGCCCUUGAUAUUCUCGCCCAGCUAAAAGAGACCAACACCCCACUCUCGGAUCCCUCCGUGCAGGCUACCAAGGCAGAGAUCGAUAAAGCCCUUCAGCUCGAGCAGGCCGCCGGUCCAUGGAGUAUCAAGGAAUGCUUCGUCAACGGACCUCUCAAAAUCCGUCGACGGUAUAUGUUAGCCAUUGGCGUUCAGGCCAUGCAACAACUUUCGGGGAUCAAUGUCCUAGUGUACUACUUCCCGCGCACCUUGACAACUGACCUUGGCAUGGGCGAAAAAGUCUCCCUGCAAAUAGCCGCAGGUCUCUCCUGCACCUACUGGGUCUUCAGCUUGAUUCCUCUGAUGUGGCUGGACAAGAUGAGUCGCCGAAAGCCACUCAUCCUCGGCGCUCUAGGCUGCGCAUUUUGCUUCCUCAUCGCCGGAGCCCUCCAACAAAACCCGACCGAAAUGCGUGCCAAAGCCUCCCUGGCUUUCUUCUUCCUCUACGAAGCCAUCUUCGCAAUCGGCUGGCUCCCAGUCCCGUGGCUAUAUCCAGCGGAGAUCAUGCCGCUGCGCCACCGAACACACAGCACCGCACUCGCUACGGCGAGCGAUUGGAUAUUCAACUAUAUGAUUGUGCAGAUCACGCCUAUCGCUAUCUCGAAUAUCCGCUGGCGGACAUACAUGAUAUUUUUCGCGCUGAACCUCUUCUUCGCGUUUGUUAUCUGGCUCUUCUACCCUGAGACCUCGGGACGCAGUCUUGAAGAGCUGGAUGCUAUCUACUUGGGCGACAAUAACCGUCUAUUUGUCGUUGAUAAGAGGGGCAGGCUGCUGCCGGGUUUUGCGGGUCGCUAUAAUCAUGAGUCCUCUGAUAGCAUCCUUGAGGCGGGGGAGAAGUAUUGA